GGAGAGGAGGGGGAGCAAGAGAGAAAAGAGAGCGGCAACAACACAGUCACAUCUGGAAGUUAUUGAGAAGUGGAGAGAGUGAGGGAGAGAGAAAGAGAGAGAACUGUAUUGUGAAUUGAAAAGAGGGAGAAAGGAUAAACAAACUCUAGAUGUUGAGAUAGAUAGACUUGUUAAAUGUAUCAACUGAGUUAAAGAUUUACGGGAGGACAGAGUUUAUCUAAAAGUUGACAAGAAUUCUACAGUGGACAGAGAGAAAGGAACAGAGGAAAAGAAAGAGAGAGCGCAAGAAACUGUAAUUCUAUCCUAAGAACAAUCCAUACCAAGAGGGGAGAACGACAGAGAGGGAAAACUAAUGUAGCUUUCUAAUCUGGAGGACCGUCUAAAACAGAACAAAGUGGUCUGAAUCAAAACGUAUGUUAUUGAGUUGAAAUUUAAUCAACUCAACAAAGGAGAAGUGUCCAGAGAACAAAAGAGGAGUCCCCUAGUCUGGAAUUCUUCUACGCAUUUGUCUUCCUAUCAAGCCUGUGGAGUCAACCGUCAGACAGGAUGUCAGCCUCUCGGAGGUGCCUGUGCUGCGUGAAAUACCUCAUGUUCGUCUUCAACCUCAUCUUCUGGCUGGGAGGGUGUGGCCUGUUUGGAGUGGGAGUGUGGCUAUCAUUCACCCAGUCCGAGUUCUCCUCCCUCCCGCUGUCUUUUCCCUCACUCUCUGCAGCAAACCUACUUCUGGUCGCUGGGGGCGUCACCAUGGUGACAGGCUUCCUGGGUUGCCUUGGCGCCCUGAAGGAGCAGCGCUGCCUGCUGAUGACGUUCUUUGUAAUCCUUUUGCUCCUGGUGUUGACAGAGGUGACUCUAACCCUGGUCCUCCAUAUCUUUCACAACGAGCUGGACACGAAAGCUCAGGAUGAGUUAAAGGAGGGGAUGAAGAAUUACUUGACAGAUGAAGGACUGAAGAAGUCAUGGGACAAUGUGCAGAAAAUGUUCAAGUGCUGCGGCGUGACCAACAAAACAGAUUGGUACCUCGUAGUCAACGGAACGCUCCCCUUUUCCUGCUGCUCCGGGGGGAUGGACCAAUGUGUUGAAGGAUGGAUCGAGGUCAGACUACUUCUCAAAUCCGUGUUAUCAGAAGGCCAGACAGUGGCUCCUGGACAACAUCCUCUCUGUCCUGGUGUUUGGAGUCUGCAUUGGCAUUGUCCAGAUCCUGGCUCUGAUUUUCUCCCUGCUGAUGUACUGCCAGAUCCUCCGUGCUGAGAAGUACCUGGACUGAUCUGGGACUGGUCCUUCACAGACAGGAGAAGCUGAAUGAGAGACUCCCUAGCUGCCACAGAGUUCAUCUAACAUUUCUUUAAGGUUUUCCUUCGGUUAGUUGAAAAAUAACUUCUCCACGCCGAUGUGGGAACUAAAAGAAAAGUGUUAGCUGGUGUGUUUUAUACCAACUACUGGGGAUGGUUUUUCAGAACAUUAAAUCCAGAUCAAAAUCAGCCUUUUUGUGUGUUCAAUUCUGUUAAGUUUAAUCAAAUAUAUUUGAAUGAGAACACAUCACCCAUUUGAAGGGUAAUUUUCAUCUGGAUUGAUGGUUCUUAGAACACAGCACUAAAAACCAUGGGGCACAUUCCAGGUCGUCUUCAUUGCGGUCAUGUUGCUCAGAUCUCACAACGCCUGGUGAAGUGUAAUUCAAUUGGCUUUGAGAGAUCUGAUCAUCUGGAAUACAGCCCUUUACUUAUCAUGUAUAAAAUAAGGACAUUAUUUGUAACUAUUGGGGACUACGUGCUACUUGUCACUUUCACUAUUAGGCGAUACUAAUAAUAUUGUUUAGUUGUGAAAAUAUAAAGUGCUUGCCCUGAUGUCCAUGGACAAGCAGUGAGACUUGCCCCAAAGAAACACUUACACUAUUCUGUUCAACUGCAGCAUAUUUUAAACAAAAGUCUAAACUAUAUGUUUUAAAGUGAGCCUUACCAAAGCAAAUAAAAUGUAAAUACAUUGUAAUUUGUAUGCAUGUGAAGUGGUAGUUGUUUUGUGAACUUCAGCAUUUUGUAAAAAACACAAAUGUAUGACUCUGAUUGUGAAUGCUGUAAUAGUUCAAACAACUUGUUUUCCAUAUGAGGUAUGAGGUGUUGUCGGUAUGAUGUAUGACUCUGAGUGUGAAUGCUGUAAUAGUUCAAACAACUUGUUUUCCAUAUGAGGUAUGAGGUGUUGUCGGUAUGAUGUAUGAAACAACUUGUUUUCCAUAUUGUGCGUAUGAGGUGUUGUCGGUAUGAAUUCACUUCUCUUAUAGUUAGAGACGAGCCUAUGCUUUCAUAUACUUAUUCAGUCCAAUAGACAACUGAAGAGGUAAUUGACUUGCAACAGGGUUCGUCAUUCUAAUGAAAUAUAUAUCACAUAUAUAAAUGGACUAUGAAAGUAUGCUAUUUAAUUAUGAUCUGCGGUCAUAACACCAAGUAAUGAAACCCAAACCAAACCAAUGACUACACUGUACAGUGUUUUGUAAAACAUGUCAAUAGAAAAACUUUGCUAAGAAAAUAAUUGUACAAGUACACAUGAUUCUCAGACAUAAAUACAAUUGUGACAA